AAAAUAGAAUAUACACACCACUCAGCCAAAACAAAAUGCCACCAUCCAUUUCAAAGCAACUGUUAAUUACCCAACUGCAUAAAACCGCCAAAAAUAACCCAAAACCUAAUCAACUUCAAAGCAUCAAUCUUUCUUUCAUAUCCAAUGCUUUAAAGAUCCCAGAUGUAAAGCAUCAACAAUUACAUUCACCUAUGAUUAAGCUAGGUUACAAUAGCAUCUUAUCAUUACAAAACCAACUGUUGAGUUUUUAUGUCAAAUGCAACAAGUCCAAUUAUGCCCGCAAGCUGUUCGACGAAAUGCUUGUUAGAAAUGUUGUGACUUGGAACACUUUAAUCCGUGAUUCGCAUAUGGGUUUAUGUUAUUUUAGAAGAAUGAUGAUGGAAAAGGUCAACCCGGAUCGUAUAACUUGUUUGAAUUUAGUUAUAAUGUCGGUUCAAGUGGGGCAAAUUGUGAUGGGUAGACAGUUCCAUUGCUGUAUAGUUAAAUGGGGGUUUGGUAAAGAUUGUUAUGUGAAUAGUUGUCUUGUGGAUAUGUAUGCUAAACUUGGAUUUGUUCUUGAAGCGAGACGGGUUUUUCAGGAUGUGUUGGAGAAAGACUUGGUUUUGUGGAAUGUAUUGGUGUCUUGCUACGCGUUAAACGGGUUAACGGAUGAGAGUUUUGAAGUGUUUUGGAUGAUGCGGGUCGAUGGGGUUAAUGGUGAUGAAUUUACGUACACGAGUCUGGUGAAUUGUUGUGUUAGUUUUGCGUAUCGUGAAUUGGGAAAGCAAGUUCAUGGUCUUGUACUUAGAUUUGGGCUUGAUCGGGACGUGGUGGUGGCUAGUGCACUUGUUGACAUGUACGCGAAGAAUGAAGACAUUGUUGAUGCACGUAACGUGUUUGAUGAUAUGUCUCCAAGAAACGUGAUCUCGUGGAACGCUAUGAUUGUCGGUUAUGGACACUGCGGCGAUGGUAAGGAAGCCAUAAAGCUACUUACAGAGAUGUUACGAGAAGAUAUUUGCCCCGAUGAACUAACUCUUGCGAGCAUUGUUAGCUCGUGUGGGGAUCUCUCUUUGAACUGUCAAAUUCUUCAAGUUCAUUCUUAUGCGUUAAAAAGUGGAAUCAUAUCGUUUUUAUCGGUUUCUAAUUCUUUUGUAAACGCAUACUCUAAAUCAGGUAGCAUAGUUUCUGCGUUAAAAUCAUUUAACGCGAUUAAAACACCCGAUCUUGUGUCAUAUACUUCUAUGGUUCAAGCAUACGCGUUUCAUGGUCUUUCAAGAGAAGCUGUUGAUCUUUUUAACAAAAUGGUAUUAGAAAGCGUGUCGAAACCCGAUAAAAUCAUGUUUCUUGGUGUUCUUUCUGCGUGUAGCCAUGGUGGAUUAGUAACUGAGGGUCUACAUUACUUCGAAUCAAUGACUAAAGAUUACAAGAUUAUGCCAGAACUCGAGCAUUACACUUGUCUAGUUGACCUUUUCGGUCGAGCUGGUCAACUCGAUGAAGCUUUUAAUGUUCUAGUGUCAAUGCCGAUGAAACCUGGACCCGACACGCUAGGAUCUUUCAUCGGACAUUGUAAAGUUUAUAAAAAUCUGGAGUUAGCAAAAUGGGCAGGUGAAAAACUUUUAAUGUUGGAGCCAAACAAGAAUGUGAAUUACGCCCUUAUGUCUAACACGCUCGCGUGUUCUGGUAGAUGGUCUGAUGUGGCUAUGAUUCGUGAGGCGAUGCAAGAUAAUUGUGGUUCAAAGGAGCCGGGAUGUAGUUGGUUAGAGGUUGUUGAAACUUGAAUUGACGUCGGUUGACUGAUUAAAUGGGUAGUUUUUAAAUGACCAUUAUACCCUUUCGAUGAGCUAUGUUGAAACUAGUUUUUCGAUGUUUGGUAUUUGAA